GCUUGAAAUUUAUAUUUAAAAUCAGUCAUCCACAAAACGCUGAUAUCAUCGUGCUUUCAGAAUUUCUAUGUCAACAAAGUUAAUUAUAACAUAAAGAAAGAUGGGAAAUGAAGGGUUUGGUUAUACACUGGAUGAAGCACUAUGUGCAAUUGGGUUUGGUAGAUUCCAAUAUAUUGUCCUUGCAUAUUCUGGUCUGGGUUGGGUUGCAGAAGCUAUGGAGGUUAUGCUUCUGUCAUUUGUGGGACCAGCUAUUCAGCCUGAGUGGGGGCUUUCUGCUAAUCAAGAAAGUAUGAUAUCAACUGUUGCUUUUGCUGGAAUGCUUGUUGGUGCAUAUUCUUGGGGGGUAGUAUCUGAUACUUAUGGAAGAAAGAAAGGAUUUCUUGGUGUAGCUAUAGUAACAAGCUUAGCCGGGAUUUUGAGUGCUUUCGCGCCAAAUUAUAUAUCAUUGCUGAUUCUUCGCUGCUUUGUUGGUUUCGGUGCAGGUUGUGGGCAUGUCUUUACAUCAUGGUUUCUUGAGUUUGUUCCCAUUCCAAACAGAGGGGCUUGGAUGGUUGUUUUUUCAACUUUUUGGACAAUAGGAACAAUUAUGAUGGCUUCACUUGCAUGGUUGAUCAUGCCUACAUAUGGUUGGAGAUGGCUCCUUGGAUUAUCUGCAGUUCCAUCUUUCAUGGCACUACUGUUCUACGGUCUAGUGCCAGAGUCUCCAAGAUACCUUUGUACACAAGGAAGAUUAGCCGAGGCCCGACAAAUUCUCGAGAACGGGGCUGCACUCAACCAGAAAGCGCUUCCGGUUGGCCUACUUGUUUCCGAUCAUAUAAAGACCAUAACCGGUGAGGAUGACCAUGAGUCGUUAGAAAAUAAUGCGUUACUCUCUUCCACGACAAGUAAAACCAACAGUUCUCAAAGAAGGUCGCCGUCUGUAUUCAUGCUUUUAUCAUCCAAGUUACUCAGAACAACGCUUCUCUUAUGGUCCUUGUACUUUGCCAACUCGUUUUCUUAUUAUGGCAUUAUAUUAUUGACCUCACAAUUAAGUGUGGAGCAAAGUGGAUGCGACUCGCGCACGUUACACUCAGAAAAUAUCAAGGAUCCGAGCCUGUACGUAAAUGUAUUCGUCACCAGCUUGGCAGAGCUUCCUGGGCUUGGUUUAGCAGCUAUUUUAUUGGACCGAGUAGGUCGUAAGAUCUCCAUGGAAAUCAUGCUCGUUUCAGGAUUCGUUCUAUUACUGCCAUUGAUCGUCCAUCAGAACGACAUGAUGACCACAGGCUCUCUGUUUGGAGCUAGAUUGUUCGUUUCAGCAAGUUUCACUGUCGCGUGUAUCUAUGCCCCCGAGGUGUAUCCUACAAACUUAAGAGCAACAGGAGUUGGAAUAGCAACAGCAAUAGGCAAAAUUGGGGGUAUGGUGUGUCCUCUAAUAGCAGUUGGGAUGAGUAGCGGUUGCCACCAAACAGUUCCGGUGAUUCUGUUUGAGGUUACGAUACUUGUAGCAUGUCUAAGUGUCGUGUUUCUUCCAUUUGAGACCAAAGGGAAGGAACUGACCGACACUACAAAUUUACAUGUUCCUGUAGAAUGAAUACCUACCCGUGGUCUAGCGGUAUGGUGUGUUCAAAUCCUUACAAAUGCAAUGUUAGGUGGUAUUUAAGUGUAAAAAAAUGUUAAGAAGUAGAAUGAAGUCUCAUUACAUGCAUAAACACUUGUGUAAAAAAUGUUGUUAAGAAGAAAGUAGAAUGAAGUCUCAUUAAAUGCAUACACACUUAUGUA